UCCUUUCAAGAGGUCUUAAAUAACGGGCUUAAUUUCUGUUUAACCAUCUGUUUGUGUUUUCUUGCCUGUGCUGAAUAAUAUGUAAUGUGGUUUGGCCAUGGCGUUUACAUUCAUUGUUGAUAUAAUAACCGGAAACCUCCAUGGACUAAAUUUAACUGGUGACUAAAAUGUCCUGUAACCAGCAUUUACAUGUCAACAGCCCUGGAUUAGGACUGCACGGCAAACAUGGCUGCGACUGGAAAGACUGGUGGUAAUAACAACCUGGCUGAAAUGUGGGGUUUAACCUCCAGAAAGUUAAGUUAGUUAACUUAAUAUUGAACCAAACACUAUAUGGAUUAAGCCUCAGUUAAGUUUCAAAGAAGAUGGUCUCUCUGAAUCCCUCAGGACAAGUGGAAGUUAGUUCAAAAUAAAUAGGAUUCAUCCAUGAUCCAUCAUUUUGACAUACAGUGCAUUGCCCCUCUAGCGUCAGCAUAUUUUAUUCUGCAAUAUUCUGUAAUGUUUGCAGUGUACGCGAACUGUCAGACCUGCAGAGGGACCCGCCUGCUCAGUGCUCCGCUGGACCAGUUGGAGAUGAUUUGUUUCAUUGGCAGGCAACAAUAAUGGGUCCCAGUGACAGCCCAUAUCAGAGCGGAGUGUUUUUCCUCACCAUUCACUUCCCGACAGAUUACCCCUUCAAACCACCCAAAGUUGCAUUCACAACAAAGAUUUACCACCCUAAUAUCAACAGCAAUGGGAGUAUUUGUCUGGAUAUACUGAGAUCACAAUGGUCACCUGCACUUACAGUAUCUAAAGUAUUAUUGUCUAUCUGCUCUCUUCUUUGUGAUCCAAACCCGGAUGACCCACUGGUGCCGGAGAUCGCCCAUACGUACAAGGCUGACAGGGAAAAGUACAACAAAUUAGCGAGAGAUUGGACACAGAAGUAUGCAAUGUGAGAGUGCCAGGGAGAUCAAAAUACAAAUGAGAACAAAAGAAACACGUUUGAUUUGUAACUUGAGGCAAAUGAGCAACAGAGGGAAAAAACUAGCAAACAGCCCAUCUUUUGGAGGAGGAAGCGAUACAAUGAGGUACAGUGCCACCUGGCUUUCCAUGUGCUGAGCUGCUACCAUGUGCUGUCCUUCAUGACUUGUAUGGAUCUGCUGAGCAGGACCUGAUGGGCUCCUUAAAGCACUCCCAUAUGGAAUACCGGAAACUCUUCACAGUCCAUACCGCCACACUCAGACUUUAAACUGUUACUCCUGCUAUUGUGAUUAUCACUAUCAUCGUUGCUAUUCAUACGCAUCAUUUUCACUGUCCGUGAUUCAUAUCGUUGUGCUACUCAGAAGGAAAAAUUUUCGAUUUAUUUAGGAGAUUGGCUCUCCCUUCAUUUCAGAGGUACUGUCUGUGUCCCACUGGAUGUCUUGUUGUUACUGUAUUUCCAUGUAUUUAGUGGCCUUUCUGUGUUAUUAUUUUCGGUAUAUGUGCAAUUGAGGCAGAAUGUUCCCUGUCCAACACGAAAUGGUGCAGUGCCAUCACCAGCAGCUGAUCUGUUGGCACAUACUGUCUCUACCCCGAAACAAUGUGAAAGAUUAAAAAGAAGCAUUGGUCUCUAUCACCCAUUGCAUUUUAAAUUGUAAAAACAGUAUUUAGUGGUUUUGAAGACACUGGAGAGCUGCUGUUAGGAGGCCCUUGCCUCACUGUUCCGGGGCUCCACAGGGUGAAUGUCAACUUCCCUUUUUCUCACACAUGCUGUCAUUGCCCUUUUAUCCUGUAUAAGUAAACACCCAUGGCUGGUGUCCAUAGUGCACAAAAUACUACUGUUGUUUGACUUGUUACUUGUUGUGUAGCUAUGAACAUAGCUACUCUUUGGCCUAUAGCUAAGCUGUGUGCCACCUCCUCAGUACAGUUACUCAGGUAUCUAACCAAAUCAUCAGCCUUUACAUGCAGUGACCCAUGGUGAGAAAAAUGACCAGGGCUCAUAUCAUCAGGCUUCUUAAAAAAAAUAAAAAUAAUAAAUAAAAAAACUUAUCUAAGUUCACUGGUUUGUUCAUGUAAAAGAAAACACUCACGCUUCCUGAAGAGGCAAAAUGAUCAAAGACAGAUCAGCACUCCUGAAGUUCUUUAUGCAUAUAGGCCCUGAUUUCCUGUGUUGCACAAAAAUAUGCUGUCCCAGAAGUACUGUUGUUUUGUCACAUUGAGGGUUUUUUUUUCACUAUCCCUCUCCGGUUCUUUGCGUCACCAUUUCCAUUUAUUUUUGAACAACACUUGGAUGUGAACAGCUUUUAAAUGACGCUGUUAAACAUGUACAUGCUACUGUUUUUCUAAAAUGAAAUGGCCUUUGGUUACAGCUGGUGUCACUUAAUACUAAAAAUGGGAACUUAAACGGACUUGACAUUUUGCAAACCCAGUCAUUUAAUGUCAUGUGCAUCCCGUUACUUGAGGUGAAUAAAUACAGUAACUUGCCAUGACAAUUUAACUCGCUUUAAAUAUCAGGUGAUGUGAAGUUUGUCAGCAUUUCUUUAUGUUCAUAUUCAUGAUCGGGUCUGCAAACAUUUGUUUUUGGAUUAAUAAUCCACAUUGACAGUAAAACAGUUAGUCUGGGUGAUACAUUUGUGACCUUUUGUAUUGUAUCUUUGAAAGCUUUAGUUUUAGGCAGUUUUCUUUUCCAUUCAUGUCACCAGAAUUUAACAUGAUUGUGAUGUGUCAUAAUGUAAUAUUAGUUUUAAUAUACUCCAUUGUGACUGUUGGAUAAAGUAGUUAGGAAAUGCUAUGAUUUUUUUUUUUUAUCUUGGCUCAUAAUGUGCUGAUGCUGCCAAUAUAAAGGGAAUUAUUUGAUGUUUUAAAGGGGAAGAAAUUUAGUUAUUGAGGCAUUAUUGAGUGGAUUCAUCCAGAAAGGUCCAUAGUAAAGCAUGAAAAUAUUAGAAGCUUUGAUUGUAGAAUUAACAUCACGGUUUAGGCGCCAAAUAUAGAUUUUCAUCAUUGUUAGCGGCUGUAGAGAUAAUUGUCAAAAACAAGUUGUCCUGAAAUACAGUAUAUACUUUGAAAAUAUAUCCUCUAAAUGCAGUGAAAGUCUUUUUUGCUGCCAGACCACAAUUGAAAAUGACUUGUGUGUAAUAGUACUAGUUCAAACUUUGUGUGCAUUGUUGUUUGUUCAUCUGGCUGUUUAUUUAUUUGAAAGCGGAGUAUCUUCCAACUGUACGACUGAAUGCAGCCUCAAUUCAUCAUGUGAGUGAUGCGACAUUGACUUCCUUUGUCCAGUGUGCUCAAUAGAGUUUAUAUAGGCAGCUUAGCAUGCUUUGCACUCUGGAGAACCUUCUCACAGCCAUUUGCCAGAUAUCAGGGAUUUCGUUACAAUUCAUCUGCCUAACACCUCUGACUAAAAAUUUUAGCCUUAACCCUCAUUUUGUGUAUAUAUAGAGAGAACAUUGUCAUAAACUGUAAAUUUGCUAUCAGGGCUGUAUCCCCCCCUAAAUGGGUGGUUCAUUUCAUCAGUAGACAUGGAAAUCCUGCUUGAACAGCACCAAUAUUUUUCAGCCUGGCUUUCUCUGAAUGCAGGACCAGCCUUCAUGCAUCUUAAAAUUUGGAAUAUAUGUGUGCUUGAACUGCCACCAUGAACGUCCACAUGUCCUCACAUAGCCUACACAAGAUAACUAUUGACCGUGUCAUAACAUAUGAAUAAAGCUCAUCUUGGUUUACUGUU